AUGUGGCAACUUUUCUUAGCUCUUGCAGUGGCCGGAUCCACCGGUUUAGCCACCAAGCACUUCCUCAACCCCAGAAAAAACGACAACGUUGAGAACGCCGAUCUUGCCGACACGAAUGCUUUUGCGUUUUAUGAAUCUCGGUUGGGAAGCGAUUCUCAGACGCACGAUCGUGAUGGGGUCUUCACGUUUUCCAGUCCGCAGUCUCUGACACAUGAUGGGCCUCCAUCGCGGCCCAAGAGUAAGCGACGCUGGGCCUCCAAGAACGGAGUUAGGGUUCCUAAGGUUGAGGAUGCAGAGGUGCGAUCAGGGCAGAGGAAGAGUGGAAGGAGAUUGCACUUUUGUUUGAAGAAGAGGAAAACUAACAGGCAUUUUGCUGCAAAGGUUCCGCUUUGUUCUUCCAAAGAUAACUUCUCAAUUGGUUGGGGACUGUGCUUUGGCAUCAUGUAUAUGAUGUCAGCUGGAAAAGCUGAGAUCAAUAAGGUGAAAAGGACCAUGGAUGAGACUAUUAAACUUGUUCGGGAACUAAAAUCUGAGCUCAACAGAAGGAAAUCAUUGCCUGCUCUUCAGAAUUUGGAUUCUGUUGGCAAUGUUGACACGAACUCUUGCAAAAUAAGUAGCAGGCAUGAAGUGAUGCUCAACAAGACAAACAGCAAGCUCAGAGACACUGAUGUCAGAAUUUGGAGUCCUGGUGUAAAUGACUCUGGUGAAUGUGGAAGUAGUGCUCUUACAGAAGAACCAGAACCAGGGGUUCUGGAAAUGGAUCAACUGGAAGCAGAACUUGAGUUUGAACUCCAAAAGCUUUCCGGGUGUACUGUUGACAGCCCUUACCAUGAAGAACUAAAGCCAAAAUUAGAUGAGCUUGAAGCUCCAAACGAAGGCUCUCAUGGAACAGAUGACUGGAAUUUAAAUUAUUCUGAAUCUCAUGGAGUGUCAGCAUCUGAAUUGCAUCAGAAACUAAGCCACUUGCUGAUAAAACAGCAAGAAAAUCAGAUCUUGGAGCUAGAGUCUGAACUGCACCAGGCUCAAUCAAAUCUGCAUGCGAAGGAAGCUGAACUCCAGGCACUAAAGGACUGUGUCAAGCAUCUCACUGAGCUCUCGCUAUCCACUGUUUCAGGCAUAAUUACCUCUAGAAUAAUGAUACACGCUUCAUGCUCUCACACUCCUCAUAGACUUGCAUGUUUGUCUAUGGAUGACAUUUUGGUGGCCCCAUUGAAACUUAUUUUGAAUGAUAAAAAUGAGUUCAUCUUCGAUGAUGAAACUCAGCCUCUCAUUGAUCUAAAGGGAACAAACGAUGGGGGCAACAACAUGGACUCUGAAUUAAAACAUUCAAUUCUUGGGGCCAAAAGACCUAUGGAUUCCGAAUCCUGCUCAUGUUACGUGUGA